UGCAGUCUUAUAGUUAACAUUGCCCAGGCAUGCAAAAACAAAAUUUUUACCAGUUUGUAGGAUGAGAACAAGGUUUGACGGGAUCUGGUAACGGAGAUUAAUCAACAAUCCCAUAAGCAAAUACACAUUAUUGAUUUAAAGCGAAUAUGAACGGUGGGAAUCAUACGGUGGAACUGAUCGUGCGUGGCGCCUCAGAAUCAGCGGCUGAUGGUGGCUCAGCUACAUCGGCGUCGGAGGAGAUAACUCCUCUCUUGACUCAGAGCGAGCGGCCGAAGAUCAACAUCUUCUCGGUCUAUCGUUCCCGAAGAAAACCUAGAGAGCAAGUGAUAAAAGUAUCAGAAACUGAGAUAUCUCCAGUUUCACAGUUUGUUUUGUGGGUAUGGAAUGGUUCCAGUUACUCUGGUCUAAUAUGCAUGACCUUAUCAUCUGUAACCUACUUUAUCAUGGAAGUUCUUUCAGAUAAUUUCACUGCUCAGUCAAUUCCCUUAUUUGAGACUGCAUUUGCAAGAUGCACUGUUACCGUGAUACUAUCAUAUAUAUGGUUGAGAAGAAGUGGGCAGCCAAUUUUUGGAGCAACACAGCCCAGGAAUCUUUUAGUUUUAAGAGCCCUAGUGGGAUAUCUCUCAUUAUUAAGUUUUAUCUAUUGCAUUCAACGAAUGCCUUUUUCUCAGGCUAUUGUGUUAAGCUUUACAACUCCAAUAGUGGCUUCAAUCAUGGCUAGAAUUAUUUUGCAAGAGACGCUGAAAAUUGCAGAAAUUGGAGGUCUUGCUUGCAGUUUCUUUGGCAUGCUUUUCAUUUUUCAGCAGAUGCUUACUACACAAGGAGGGCUACUCAAAGCUGAGGACGCAAGCAAUAUCAAUUUGAGAGGAAGUCAACAUAUGUAUGCAGUCUUGAUUGGUUUAUUUUCGUCUAUAUCUGGUGGAAUCUGCUACUGUCUUAUAAAGGCUGCUGCUAAGGCAUCAGAUCAACCCGUGGUGACAGUUCUUUCAUUUGGCAUACUGGCCAGCCCUGCUGCAGGAAUAUGCACAUUUGCCUUUGAGGAGUUUGUGGUGCCAGGUUUCUAUUCGUUAUCUCUGAUGAUUGCCCUUGGUACUCUGUCCUUCUUAGCUGAGGUGCUUUUAGCACGUGGACUUCAGCUUGAGAAAAUCAGCAAAGUUGCAAAUGUCCAGUUUAUUGAGGCUGCCUUGUCACAGUUAUGGGGCAUAAGCACAUCAAGAGUCGCUCCUUCUUUUGGUCGACUUGUUGGGUGUCUACUUAUAUUAAUCUCGGUGUCUUGUACUCUGUUUCUUGGACCCCAAAAAGAGACUGAAUGAGAAAUACUACAUUCUUUUUCUUUAGCACCCCGUAUUUUGUGUUCAACAUGUUUUUCCAUAAAAUUUUUUAAUUGUAUUUAGUAGCUUUUGCUUUCA